UCCCUUCCCACUUUUUAUAUUCUCCCAAAACCCUUUCUCCAAAACCUCCAAAUUUCCCUCAUAAAAAUGGCAGACUCAUUUUCUCUCACUCUCACACUCACUCAAGUAUGAUAGUAACAUACUUCACUCCAUCAAACCUUAAUCUCUCUCCAACUUCUCCACACUCUCUCCCUUUACUAAAAAUGGACUCCCAAAUCUCCGACAAAAUCAAAUUAACUGUCACCGACAUCCUUAAUUCUUCCGACAUUGAUUCCAUCACUGAGAAACAAGUCCGACAUUUAGUCUCCCAAAAACUCAACCUUGACCUCUCCGAUUUACCCUACAAAAUUCUCGUCCGACAAAUUAUUGAAUCUUUCUUGCUUUCAAUUCCCGACAACUACCAAAACGACGACGUUUUGCCCACCUCCAUGAAUGUUGCUCAGAAAGAAACAGUUGUUAAAGAAGAACAAGAAAAUAAUCCUGUUGUUCAUUCAUGUCGUGUUAUUUGCAAGUUAUCACAAAAGAGAGAUGUUGCUGUCAGAAGUUCUGGAGGGAGAAAAGUUGUGUCAAUAAGAGAAGAAUCAUGGAAGGAUGGGAAGGUCAUGCCUGUACCAAAAUUUAGCUUAUUUCCUGACCAAUGGUCAAUCUUUCGGGAGAGCUUCCCUACAAUUGAAGAAGCCAUAGCAAAGGUUGAAUCAAGACUAAGAUCUGAACUUGAGACUAAACAAGCUGAUGCUAAGCAUCAUAUCUCUGCAAAUAGAAGCAAACAGAAUGGUGGUGGACACAGUGGAGCUGAACCUAUUAGAAAAGAUGGUGCACACAAUAGACUUGUGGCCACUAGAGGACGAACUGAAGAUGCAUCAGUUGUGGCUUCUGCACCUCAAAGACUUGUACCUAUUGAGAUUAUUCGUUUUGAUUGUAAGAAUUAUCAGCAAUGGGAAGAUCGAAUGGAACAGUAUUUGAACCAAUUGAAAGUUUCGUAUGUGCUUUCUGAGCCGUGCCCAAGUGCCGUGGGAGUCGUAGACAGGGAACUUUCGCAGACUUUAUCUGCUGUAGAAAGAUGGAUGGACGAUGACCAUAUUUGUCGUCAAAAUAUCUUAAAUUCCUUAUGUGACAAUCUUUUAAGACAUUUCUCGAAGAAAUCAGGCACUGCUAGAGAUCUUUGGGAAGAACUCAAGCUCAUCUAUCUGCAUGAAGAGCAUGGAGCAAAUGUUUCUCUUGUUAAGAAGUAUACUGAAUUCCAAAUAAUUGAAGAAAAAUCCAUCUUUGAACAAGUGCACGAGUUUAAUCAAAUUGCAGACGCUCUUAUUGCUUCUGGCAUGUAUGUUGAGGAAAAGUUUCACGUCAAUGUCAUCAUUUCCAAGCUUCCCCCGUCCUGGAAACCGUACAGCAUCCUGUUGAUGAAGGAAGACCAUUUACCUGUAUGGAUGCUGAUGAAUCAUCUAAAGGCAGAAGAGGAAUCUUGUCACAAGGGAAACAAGGGUGAUGCUCUUGUUUCUAGGGCUGAUUUGCCCGUUUUUCAGCCAUCCAAGAAAUUUGGACCCCAGAGGUUUCCUAUGAAGAGGCCUGGAGUACCUCAUGUAAACCAUGAAUUGGACCAGGAUAAGAAGGUUAAGUUCUGCAGCAUUUGUAAAAAGAAGGGACAUAACCCAGAGCAGUGUUGGUUCAGGAAACCUGAGGGAAAGGAUAACACAAAUGAAAAAGAUAGUGUCACAUCUGCAAAUGUGGUUGCUGGGGAUCACGUGGAUGAUGCUGCAAACAGCAGUUAUUAGGGGAGCUAUGUUCCCUCUCAUAUCCUUGAUCCACUUUCCACAAGUUGUAGCAGCAGCAUUCAUGGCUGCACUUACCCUUGUACUUGCUGUGUCAAACUGUCCACCUAUUAUCGCCUCAAGACCUGCUUCUAGAACACCUG